AUGGGCAAUAUUCUGGUGAGUGAACUACAUUUGUCGGAGUGGACCGCCGAACGAAUUGCGUUUACUUCAAUUUGGGUUUACCUCGUGGUGCUAGCUAUUCGCCGGUUUAUUUUUAAUAAGCCAUGGGGAGCACGCGCAAACUGUCGACAAGCAAUCGAAAGGAAUGAGAAGUCGCGCUCAGCGGGCUUUGAAGAGUUUCGGUCUCGGGUUGCAACAGAGGAUUCCGCAGUUAUCGAGAGGAGACGAGAAAUACUAUCUUGGUCGUUAUUUGAUCUGAGAGAUCGUCUGCAGAAGGAUGAGCUUAAUGCCGUGCAAGCAUUGGAGGCCUACGUAUGGAAAGCUAUGGAAGUGCAAGAACGACUCAAUUGCUGUAUCGAAGUUAUCAAAGAAGCUUUCGACACUGCUGCUGAAGCCGAUAAAAAUUGGUCAUUUUCGAAGGAAAAACCACCUCUUUAUGGCAUACCCUUCAGUGUGAAGGGGAAUUUUUAUAUGCCAGGUUACGAUUGUUGCAUCGGUUUGGCAAAAUUUCUUGGUCAGCCAAGGUUGGAAGAAUGUUCUUUUGUGACACAUCUACGCAAUAUUGGAGCAGUUCCUUUCGUAAUAACCAAUGUGCCACAAGCUCUCAUAUCUUUUGUGUGUUCAAACGCUGUAUAUGGAACUACAUGCAAUCCUCACGAUGUCACCAGGUCGCCGGGAGGUUCUUCUGGAGGAGAAGGGGCCCUUUUGAUGGGUGGAGGCACUCCAUUCGGCACAGGAAGCGAUCUCGCUGGAAGUUUGCGCAUCCCUGCCGCAUUCUCCGGUGCCGUGACACUGAAACCAACGGAAGGUCGCCUAGUCGUGGUAAAUACUCAUCCUGGAGUCCCUGGUCGUUGCCGCCUAGGGUUGAGUUUCGGUUUCUUCACGCACACCGUCGAGCAGCAAGUGAUGUUGCUCAAAACGAUAAUCGGUAAUCCAGACUAUCGUGCGAUCGUUCCUACAUCCAUUCCUGCUCCGCUUAAUGACACGUUACUGUCACAAAGAACCAGACUCAAGAUCGGGUAUUACGAUGACGACGGAUUCUGCCCACCAGUGCCUUGCGUAAAAAGAUGUGUGUUGGAAACAGUUGAACGUCUUAAACGAGAAGGGCAUGAGCUAAUUCGUUUUACAGUCCCUAAAGUGGACGAAAUGGUGCAGAUAUUCUAUAAGCUUCUUAUGGCUGAUGGUGGUAAUUACAUGCAAUCUCUUUACGAUAACGACAUUGUUGAUCCGUACAUGAAAGAGUUUGUGAUGCUCUUGAAGGUGCCCAAUUGCUUGCGUUGGCUUUUGUCUUGCGUAAUUCAAAACAUCAGCCCUCAACUAGCCGCACUUGGCACCGCCUAUGUCUCGAAUCUUGAGGAUCUCCGUUACACACAGGAGCAAUGCGAUAGGUACAGAGAAAAGUUCACGGAGUACUGGAAAAGUCUGAGAAUCGAUGCUUUGAUUUGUCCAGCUUUCCCUGUUCCGCCUGUACCGCAUCGGUUUCCAUCGAGAAUGUCAGCAGUGGCAACGUAUACGGGAUUGUUCAACUUGCUAGAUUUUCCUGCUGGUGCAGUUCCUGCGGGAAAUGUGAAUGCACAAGACGACGAAGACUUGAUGAAUGAAGAGAAAUAUCCUGUUGGUUACAACAUCGUACUGAAGACCAUACGCGAUGCUGCCUCAAGAAGCGUGGGAUUACCUCUUUCCGUUCAAGUUGUGACGCUUCCAUAUGAAGAGGAGAAAUGCCUUCGCCUCAUGAAAAAAGUGGAAAAAGUGUGGAGCAACGAGGGCUCCACAAAGGAGCUGCUAGUACCUUCAGAUUAA